AUGAGUACCGAGACCAACGCUAACAGGAUUGCAGAGUUGUCUGCUCAACUUUGUGUGCGGCUGUCUUAUGCGGCUGCCAAAGUUGAAAGGGACUGGGAAUUCGAUCCCAAUGAAGGGAAAUACGUCUUUUCGCGGCGAGCUUCACUAUCUUCCUCUCCGAAAGCAGUCCGUCGCACUCCCAAACAAACGACUAAGUCACCUAAGGUAGAAAAAUCAACUUCGCCUCGCCAGCGUCAUGUCAAUGGCGCACGAAUCCGGGAAAUGUUGGAGAUGGGACAAGGAACGGUGUCGCUGGGUACUUCUUCUAGCAAUGGCGCUAUGGAAACCUGCCAAAAGCACUCAUCCGCUUCAAGUGUUUCGCAUCACCCGGUAGAUUCGAAGGAUCAGAUUAUCUCGCUUGAUAUGGCGCAGAUUCCACGGCUUGAACCACCUGCAAACAUUGUCUCGGGCGCUUUUAAUAACCCUAGACGAAGGCCGAAUCCUAAUGAUACGAGGUCAAUAUAUUCUUCCUGUGCGACCUUCAGUCCGAACAAAAAGCCUGCGUUGACACACCAAUCGUCAACGUCCUCGUUAGACGAUAUCAACUCACCAACUUCCGUAAUACCUGGUACUCCGUCCCAACCCCAAUUUCCCUGUCUAUCCUCGACCCCGUUAAACAGCAUACAUCCUCUCGCAAAGUUGCGAACACCCUCUCAGAACGCGCUCAUGGAACAAGACGCCAUUGAGACACUACUAUUCAUGUCCAGUCCCGAAAAUUCAGGAUACUACCCAGGCUCCCAACACCAGCCGAAGCAACCCAUUCCACGGAGUGCGAACAUCACUCCGCUACUCUCAGCGUUCGGAUCCGAAUCAGUGUCCAAUGCCUCUGCAUUAGAGCCAGAGGGUGAUAUGGAUCCGCGUAGCACAAAGCAGCGUACGACGCACAUCCAUAGAAGUAACUAUGCCUCACAAGGACGCUACGAGCGGAGUCACAAUUUCAGAGGAGCAGGACUUGAGCACGAGGCAGGAGACGAGAUUGAUCGCAUGCUCGACGAGAUGGUAGACAGUGAUGAAGACUUAGAGCUUAACUGGCUUUCGAACCACGAGGCCAGGGCCGCCAUGCCACAAAAUGGGCCUGAUCCAGGCACGUUGCUGGAGCCGCCGCCGGAGGUUCAGCCCUAA